AUGAACGAAAUUAGUAAACUUGAGACAGAGGAACUGCUCACAUGUCUUCGUCUCCAACUCUUCCACCCUGAUCAAGCCUGCCAUCCUGCAUUCCACGACCUGCCCCUAAAUCAACCAUACAAAAUGGAUGCUGAAGAUCCCCUAAGGCUUGGCCAUGAUGGACAAGCCUGCACCUUUGUCCUAAACGACACCUUUGUCUCCAGAAAACAGUUCUCCAUACAGGCGUAUAGGAAAUCCGGCAACUCUUGUUUGAGCUUUAUGAUUCAGAACAUGAGCCAGAAGGGUAAACUCAUGGUCAGUGGGUCUGAGCUGAGACACCUUAAAAGAGCAGAGCUUGAUGACAAGUCCCUUCUCUGGUUUGCGAGAUAUGAAAUGCUGAUUUGGCAGGAGCAAGGAGAGUCUCAAAGUAAAUUUGAAGUCCUGUUUAAAACAUGCAAUAGGCCCACUUCACAAGAAAUGGGCAUAGAUGUGCCAUGCUAUUAG